CAGCAGCUGCUAGUCUAAGAGAUCUCACCUCGUGCCAACCCCCGCCGUGUUUCAUUUCACCUUCUCUGCGUCUACUUGCAGCCUUCCAUUGCCCUUCUUUGUGCCGACGUCUUCUCCUUUACACUUGGACCUGAACUCGGACCCUUACUGCUGCAAGCCUUCUUCGCGAUACCCCAAAGCACAGUCAGUCGGUCUGGGCUCUGCUUGCUUCUAGCCCCUUGGCCCCACCCUUCGGUUCUUGGCAUCCCCCUUGCCCGAUCUCCUCAUCCGUUCCUGCGUCGGACCGGUGUACCGGCACGGGCCGAGUGGUAGAUCAGGCACACGCAUAGAGGUCCCUAGACAAGGAAGCUGGCAGGUGUGAUUUGCAGGCAAGGCAACAGAGCAAAGAGCAAUCCUCCCCUCUUCCCCUGUGCACCUGGCCCCUCUGCACUCAGGGGCGUCGGAUUAGAGAGGAUGUCGAGUGCUGCCACUGCAAAGGCAACAGCAACACCCACUCGCCUCGCCCCGUCCGACUCCUCGACGUACAACUCGGACUUGGCUAGGCACGUCGGCACUCCCUCUCCGUCCCGAUCCCGCACCUACCUCGCCGACGAAGCACGCACACAGGCAUCCUCACCAUCGUCCCUCUCCCCCGCCGUGCUCCCCACUUCUCACUCCUGGAACUACGGACAAGACCUCACUGGCGCAUCUCACCCGGGCCUGCUCACUGGGCAGAGCCCAGUCCGGAGGGCAGGCUCCCUUAAGUCUUCCUCCUCCCCUGGCGUUCCCCGUCCUGCAGGCUCCUCGCUCCCACGGCGAAGUCCAUCUCAGGGCGACACGGAACGAGCCAGGGAAAAGGCAAGAGGCAUCCGGGAAAGAAGGUUGAGCUCCACUUCCCGGGAGGACUCCUUGUCGUCCCCAAUCCCCAGGAACGAACCACUUCCGACGGACCGCACCUCACUCUAUUCCCCUUCACCGCCGCCGCCGACGGCACUGCACAGUAGAUCGGUCGGACAGAGUGUCCUUCUUUUAUCAUCGUCGGCGAGGUCAGGCUUGGCUCCUUCGUCUUCCUCCUCACCUCGCAAAGUACAAAGCGAAGUCAACGGCACUCCCUUUGAGAUGCAAACUCUUGCUCGCAACCACGUCGUACAGAAUGCAGGUCCUUCCGUCAGCACUUCCUACCCAUCUUCAUCAGCAGAUCCCACGCUCACGACCACGCCAAAGACUACUUCACCAAGGGCGCGUACACGCUCCAACCCAACGCGCUAUGCCCCCUCGGGCCUAGCUGCUGCCGAACCUGUACCUCUGACCUCGCCUACCUCUUCUACCAUGCGCUCAAAUCGGAGUCACGAUGGCUCGACACUAAUCAGAAAGGGCAGCACUGGUAGUCGUGUCAAUGGUAGUGCGUCUCCCUCUCACAGGAUAGACGGACCUUCUGGACUCACUACCAGUGCUAGCACAGACUCCAUUAGCUCCAGGGGCUAUCCGAAUGGACAAGAGGAAGCCGCACUCUCUGCUUCAGCUUCUGCUUCGCCUAUCCAACAACGGAGCGUUUCCUCGGGGAAUACAGCCAAAAUUGCUCCCCCUGCCAGUCCACCGAGGAAGAGCAGCAAGUCUCACAAGCUCACGCCAAAGCAGCUGGCCAAGAGAAAGGCAGAGGAGGCCAAUCGGAGAGAUCGCGAGGCUGAUGAGGCAGCGGCUAGGGCUGCUGCUGCUGCUGCUGCUGCUGCUGUAGCAGCUGCUAUAGCAGCUCAAGACCAAAGUGGUUCAGUGAAUGAAAAUGUGAUAGGGUUGAGGGACAUUAGGAGGCAGGCGAAUAGCGACUUUGACUCGCCUAGCGAUGCUCUAGACUCGGACAACGGCCAUCUGUCUCCUCUUGGCAAGCCUCGCAAGCUCGACUACGGGGAAGAACCAUCCAAUACCAAGCACAGAGGGCCCGAAACGACCGCUCAGAUACCUCGCAGCACAAGCGCGUUUGUCAAUGGCACCCCUAGCACAAGCGGUCGAGACGACUCGAUGCAAUUCCGCCUGCCCACAUCCACCUCUUCGAUGACAAACCGCAACGGCCUCGCUGGUCCCUCCAAGCUUCGCUCCGCAAGCGAACCACCCGAUUCCACCUCUGCUCGCACACAGCUAGCCUCCCAACGUAACGCCCUCGCUGCUAGGGCCGCAACGAUUGACUGGGACGAGAUGAUCCCACCUGCUAUUGCGCGUCGCUUAGCUCAGGAAGAAUUGCUGCGACGCGAUCCGCUCUUGAGAAAUCAAGAGGGACUGAUCGACACGUGGGAUCGAGAUGGAUUGCCCCUUACACAGGUGGAGAUUCAAGUCCUGGCGCAGGACGCUGUACGUCGUGAGGAAGGAGGUGGGGGUGGAUUGGACUCACCUGCUGAACUUGCGGCGGAUCAGGAGCAAGGAGGGGAACUGGCUGCUGCACCUCCUCCCUUGCUCGACGAAGGGAUUGAAAUGCACGAUUUGAGAGCUCGAGAGGAGGAACGCGAAGCACGGGAGGCGAUGCAGCGGCAGGAAGAGGAGAUGAGGCGGUUGCGGAGGGAGGACGAGGAGAAGAAGAAGAGGGAAGAAGAGGAGCAGGAGCAGGCUCGACGGAGGAAAUUGUGUGAGGAGCAGCAGAAAGCAGAAGCUUCUGCCUCUUCUUCCACGCAACCUCACGCUCAAGCUCAGGUUCGGCCGAUAGGGCCCUCUGAGCAGCAGCAGCAGCUUCAAAGGCAGGUCAAUGGCAAGAAGGCUCCAGCAGACAAGGAAAAGGAGCCAGGCUGUUGCGCAGGAUGUAUCGUCAUGUAAUUCCUCGUCAUCGCCUCGUCCUCUCCUCUUACGUCCCGUCUUGUCCAGAAGCGUCUAUACCGUACCCUUUACCCCCAACCACAUUCGUUCAAUCCAGAAGGCAAUUCCCAACAUCACUCGACUAUC